GAGGCGGGGACUAUGUAGUUUUUGCAGCGUAGUUUUAGCCUCGGAAACGGAAACUUGGCAAAGGCGUGCAUACGUGAUAUUUUAUUGUUUCCAGUCAUGCUUCAGCAUCCAGAUGAGGACAAUACAAUGCAAGCAGUAUGUUUCAAAGAACCAGGUGGGCCAGAGAAGCUGUAUUUAGGACGAGUUCCCAAACCUGAACCUAAAGAUGGGGAAGUCCUUGUUAAAGUCUAUGCAACAGCUUUAAACAGGGCUGAUGUGUUACAGAGGAAAGGUCUUUACCCAGCUCCUCCAGGAACAAGUGAGAUCCUUGGUCUGGAGGCUGCUGGUAUGGUCACUGGUUUUGGCCCUGGACUCAGGAGGAAUUAUAAGCUUGGCGAUAAGGUCAUGGCUUUGCUUUCUGGAGGAGGAUAUGCACAAUAUGUAGCUGUGCCUGAGGAACUUCUCAUGCCAGUCCCUUCGCAUCUCACUCUCGAUGAAGCUGCAGCAAUCCCAGAGGCCUGGCUGACUGCCUACCAACUUCUGCACUUAAUAGCCCAAAUUAAGGAGGGAGAGUCAGUGUUAAUUCAUGCUGGAGCGAGCGGAGUUGGCACUGCUGCCAUUCAGCUUGCUCGACUGUUUUGUGCUAUUCCAUUGGUGACUGCUGGAAGCCCUGAUAAGUUAAAGAUUGCAGAAAAACUGGGUGCAGCUGCUUGGUUCAAUUACAAAGAUGGGGAUUUCUCUGAUAAGAUUCUGCAGUUCACUCAAGGCAGGGGGGUUGAUGUCAUCCUUGACUGCAUAGGUGGAUCUUACUGGGAGAAGAACUUGCGUAUUUUGGCUAUGGAUGGAAGAUGGGUGCUCUACGGUGUUAUGGGAGGGAAAGCAGUGGAUGGAGACUUGCUUGGCAAACUUUUAUUUAAGCGCGGCCACAUUCUCAGUAGUCUACUCAGGUCACGGAGUCUACAGUAUAAAGCUGAGCUAGUUGGGAGCUUCAUCGAGCAGGCUUUGCCACACUUUCAGUCAGCAGAGCUGCCCACGUCACUGAAGCCUAUAAUCGACACAAUCUUCAACAUGGAAGACAUUACUGAGGCACACAGACACAUGGAGGCCAACAAAAAUACUGGAAAAAUCAUAAUCAAAGUUUCAGAGACUUGAUCAGCUUCUUCAUACUGAUUAUCUCUAGGACAUGUCUUACAUUUUAACAUGCAUGCAUCUAUCGAACACUUAGAAGCAUUUUUAUGGCAAAUGCAAUAAAGAUCAAAGAUCAAAUUCAUACAAAACUGUUUGCAUCUCAGUCAGCUGAUAUAAUCAACAUUCUGCAGAGGUGUGAACUCAAGCCAUAUGACUCAAGUCAGACUACAGUCAAAUCGGACUACAGUCAAAAAUUUGUUGACUUCAGACUCAUGUUUGAAAAAAUAAUUAUAAAUGUUAAUAAAUGUUUUUAAGCCAAAAGCAGCUGUUUCAACACAAUUUUUUUCCAUUUGUGGUUACUCCAGUUAAGUGCUGUCAAAACCUUUUUAAAAAAAUUACAAGCCAUUCAAAACUACAAAUUUUAUCUAGGAGAUUUAUUUCUAUAACUCACAGUAACUGGUCCAUGGUGGUCAGUUAGAAUACACACAACCAAGAACAGUAGGUGGUGUGUCCCAAACUACAUAAUGCCUUUCUAAAUAUUAUGUCACUCCACUGUAUAACGUAGGAAAAUAUCUAUAUUUGUAUUUGCAUUUGAACCGCAGUUGUGUAUUGUUUAAACUUUAAGUCACACUCACUCAGUUUCAGUAACCAUUUCUUGGUCAGGGUUGAACCUGUGUUUGUCUAACAAAUUUAAUUGGUUUUCAUUCUGUUGUAAAUGCUGCAUCAGGCAAUGCUGCAUGUUAAUGUUAAUAAUAUUGUCAUGCAACUUUUAUAUCUGACUGCUCGCUUGUGCCUGCAUGAAAGUAAAUACCUCCCAUU